UUUGGUAGAAUUAUGGAGGCCAUCCAGUUUAUUCCUAGAGACGAUCUCGAAUUUCGUUUAGAAGUAUUAAAGACCAUUCAUCGCAUUUUUAAAGCACAUCAAUCAACAAGAGAUAUUUUCAGACGGGUAGGUGGAUACGUCAGUUUGGUCUCCAUGAUUGUAGCAUUAGAAGGUGCAUUCGAAAAACCAGAACGGUUUUUUAAUGAAACAGUAAAUGAUUUGGAUUCGGUACGUGUUAAAAUUGUCGCCGUCCUGCAGACUAUCUUUUCAGUACUUGCACAGUCUAUGCAUAAUCACGAAGUGAACAAGAAUUACUUUAUGAGAGAUGUGGGUUAUGUCUCACUCGAAAAUGCAAUUACGCUGACAGGUGCUUUGAACAAGAACUGCAUACCAAAUCAAGUUUUUGGUAUUUUAUUUGCAUUUGCAAUUGACGAUGAAUCUAUCUAUGACUUGUUCAUUGAUAACAAUACACAAAACGAAGCUGAAGGCGAGAGUAUGACAACUAUGACUUUGGAUUAUUUUCGUCGCCUAGAAUUAGUAUUAAAAGCGCCCUCCGUUAGACUUGUCAACUCUGAAGUCACGCCUACCAUUCUUCAUCUUCAGAAGUUUAUUUCUUCCGACGAUUCUCAAUUAUCAAGGGCUAUUCUUUGCGCACUGAAUGCGCUGGCUCAAGCAAGCCGUAGAAAUCAAGUAAAAAUGAACCGUAGUGGAUUGAUUUUGGAAUUAUUAAAACGUGCGUUUUCACAAGACACAGAAGAUGCUGAACCCACACCAGAGAAAGAAAUGAUGAUUCAGAUAGUGAAAAAGCUCAUGAGCAUGGGUGUCAGUUUUGAAGAACUUCAAUACAUGUUUAAGAGGUUUGAUGUUCAAUCAGAAUCGUACGACCUGAAGAGUCCACCUGGCCUGAUGGACCUUAUCUUACAAGGCGCUUCACGUAGCCGAUGGCCUAAUUUCAUACAAUUCGAUAUGGGCCUCAAUCAAUGUACAUCUGUAGAAAUACCUCAGCUUACAAACUUCCCGCCAGCCAAUCCUGGUUACACGUUUUUAGCUUGGGUCCACAUUGAAAGACAAGACAACACUUCCAAUCUUUUAUUAUUUAGUGUAUGGGAUGAUAGAACCUUGGUUUUUAGAAUCUAUGUGGAUGCUAAAUCAAAAAUGUUACAUGUAUACAACGCUUAUUCCAAGCAAGAUAUUGUGUUUGGAAGUUUCGAAUUCCAUGUAGGGUUUUGGUAUCACCUUGCUAUUGUACACCAUAAAUCUCGAUUGUCUAUCAAGUCAAGUACCAUGACAUUGUACAAGGAAGCCAUUAAUUUGUAUUUUAACUUGGGUGCACGAUAUAAAUCUCUCUUUCAAGACUCUUUACGACAAUUCCAAACAUACGAAGCCGCCACAUCACUUUUUCUAGCUUUACGUAGCAUGUCAAAACCUCAACGUCGUGAGUCUGCCCAGCAAUUAACAACGGCUAUAAAGAACGCAGCAAUACAAUCAAUUCCUGAAAGCAAGAUUAUUUUUGCAUUUUUUGCAAGUAAUACAUUAUCGGAGGGCACAAGAACUGGAUUGACUUUGACCGGAGUGAGUGAUGCCACUGCAAUAACAAUUGCAGCUGAAGUAGAUUGUUCUCGGUUAAUCUUAAAUUCGGCUAUACCAAAGCUUGAUACGGCGGUUUAUAUGCCUACCAACAUGGGCUAUCUUGUAGGUGAACCAAUUGUUGCGUCUCCGUUUGGUCUCGAUGAGUCUAUUUGGAAAAUUGGUGGAUGCGCUAUUGCUUUAAAGCUUAUUGAAAAGUCACAGACUGUUGAAAGUUUAAGCAAAUCAACUGCUAUUCUUUUCGAGAUUAUUCGUUAUUCUUGGCGUAAUUCUGAAGACAUGGAAAGGUGCCAUGGAUAUGAAAUCCUAGCCUAUCUCUUGAAACAAAAGAGAGAAUUGAUAACAGUUGAGUUGUUCGAGUUGUUAUUGACGUUUAUUGGAAAAAACCCUCAAUCGCCAGAAGAUUCAGUAAUCAAUAAUCCUUUAGCGUACCGCUUUGUUAUUUUGAAUUUUGAGAUUUGGAAAAAGACCUCGAUUCCUGUUCAAAGAGCUCAGUUGGAUCAAUUUAUUUUGUUCUUGAAUACGAGUAAAAUGAGAAACUUCAACUCGAGACGUCUUCCGAAAAUUCAUCUUGUGAAAAAAGUUCUUUUAGCCUUCAGAAUGAAUAUUUAUGCCAAAGAGCUGAUUCCUCACCUUGUGGAUUCUUUAAAGGCAAUCAUGUUGAGUAAUUGGAAUACAGAAAGUAUUCGAGCUGUCGCUACAUUUUUAGCAUCUACAGUUUCUAAAGGUAAUAUGUUUAUAACCCGGGGUCUUAUUUUGCAUAAAUCCUAA